CAUUUCGCUAAGGGAGCUUCACUUAAAAUAAAAGAAAUUUGUUUUUUUAUUAAAAAAUAGGCAUCUAUUCUAAAAAUGACUGUUUCCGAACUACAAAAACAAUACACAACUGUCUAUGAUCAAGCACUUUCAGAUUGCGGCAAUUAUCUUUCUGUAGGAACGAACCAUGGGUAUAUCAGCAUUUUCGAUACGUCUAAAAUACUAUCAAACAAGGUAAAUCCGAAGAGCGAAUGGGAACCAAAGUCCAUUAUUAAAGCUCAUUCAAGUCCUAUUUAUUCUUUACUGACCUUUGAGAAUCUUCUGGUCAGUUCUGGUAGAACGGAUAAUAAAAAGUAUUGUUUAUCAUGCUGGAAAUGGAGUGAUCUACCAUCUGACGAUGCUUGCAGUAGUGUCUCAUCUUUCUCCAUUUCUGAAGAUGGAGAAAUUAACGAUAUGACUAUUGAUAAAAAUGGACACGUAUUUGCUGGCUGUGGCGAUGGAGUAAUAAGGAAGAUUGAUUUGGUGACAAAUAAAACCAUUCAAGUUUUAGAAGGUCAUUCGGAGUCUGUUUUAUCUAUUUGCUGGAAAAAUGAUAGAUUAGCUUCGGUAUCAGAAGAUGGAACUUUAAAAUUGUGGGAUAUAGCGAACGGCAAGGCUACUGAUACAAUAAGACCUUUUGAGCACGUAAAAAAUGGGACUGGUAAAUGGCUCUCUUCCUGUGAUUUCUCCGACGAUUGGAUUGUAUGCGGAGGUAGCGUUCCCAUUUCUGUCUGGUUCCUAAGAAAUCUUUCAACUCCUGCCUCAACAUUCGACUGUGAUUCUGUAACUCAUUGUAUAAGAACCCAAGACGGAAUUAUUCACUCAGGUGGCGAUGAUGGAAAGCUUCACGAGUGGAGUAUAAACGGUGAACAUAAUCGUUCAAUUGAGGUGAACGCAAAAGACGUAUAUUCAAUACAUCAUUCCACUUAUUUAACAGUGGGUGGAACAAAUAGCCAAUCACAGCCUCAUAGAAGUAGAAGGGAUACAAACGAUAAAAUUCCCAUUGAUCUAGACCCUUUAAAGAUAUGCAUGAACAAUGGAGUAUUAAAAUAUUACAGUGAUAUGACUAUUAAAUGUAUUUGUAAAGAAAAUUACGUUGGUGACCGUUGCGAAUAUUUUCGAUCCUGUCCAACUAACAAUCUUAACACUACCAUUAGUCCGUGUCAUGGAAAACCUUGUGGCAAUGCUGGUACUUGUUGGUCUUCUGGAAAUACUUUUAAAUGCGAAUGUUCAUUUUCACCAAAUUCUCUUCAGGACGAACCGUGCCAAGAAAAUGUAUUGCAUUCCAUUCAAUAUUUAGCUCAUAAACAAUACGAAGCUUGUGAUGGAAAAUCUUAUAAUACUAGACGCACCUCAAACUUCCCAAAUCACUUUUUUCAAAUUCCAGAACUAAAAGUGUUAAGUGUUCAAAAAGUUUUCCAACUUUGCGCAAAAGAAAGUUGCUCUAAUGGCAAAAAAUGCCAGAUACAUCAAUCAUAUGAAUCAGAUUUUGAUGCUGUUAAUUCCUGUGUGGAUCCUAAGGAAGAUAUAAGGGAUUGUAAAGGUAUGAGUCAAAUAUACAUAUAGAAUUAAUAAUACAUUAAUAAUUAAUUACUUAAUUGAUGAAUAUAUGUUAUGAACUGUUUUUUAUGUUUGUUUUCUAUUUGCUUUGUUAUAGGUUUCUAUUUAUAUCUAUCAUUUGAAAGUGAAAGUAUAUGGUAUUGUACUUGUCCGGUUGGCUUUGAACUACUAACUCAAAUUAAUUCAUCGUGAUAAGGUUAAAGACCAAAAGUACCAAUUUCUUCGACAAAAAGUUAACUGUUAGUUGUACGUUGGCCAACAGAUGGAGUAACAAGAUUUGGAAAUAUAAAUAUUAUAUAUAGUUUAGUUCAAUUAUUUCUUAAAAUAUAUUAAAAGAA